CUUCUUCCCUUUCUCCUCUUCUCUUCUGCAAAUCGAAUUCAUAUGCAAAAAUGCAGAUCAAAGCUCUGAAUCUCUCUUCCUCUUCCACUCUUCUCCAAAACCCUAAUCUCAAACCUUCAAUUCCCUUCAAGAGAUCGUCCCCUUCUUCACUCGCACAUGCAUUUCACACCUCUGCUCUUCCACUUCUCAACUUACGCAUUUCAAACCAUGGAAGUCGCCGGAAUAGAUUUGUAAUCGGUUGUGUUAGCCGGAUCCAGGGAAUUACCGACAAUGAGAAGCCUGAAAUCGGGAGUGAUGAUCCAGAUUUGAUUUUGGUGUCUGAGGUAGAGAAAGAGGAGAAAGUAAUUGAAGUUAAGAAGAGGACGGAAUUGGCGAAUCAGAGUAUAUGGAGUCAAAUGAAAGAGAUCAUGAUGUUUUCGGGGCCGGCGACGGGUCUGUGGAUCUGCGCGCCAUUGAUGAGUCUCAUCUCCACCGCCGUGGUUGGGCAGAGAAGUUCUACAGAACUUGCUGCUUUAGGUCCCGGGACUGUUUUCUGUGAUAAUAUGAACCUGCUGUUCAUGUUCCUUUCAAUUGCUACUUCGAAUAUGGUCGCUACUUCACUUGCCAAAAGGGAUAAGAAUGAAGUGCAGCAUCGGAUAUCUAUCUUGUUGUUUGUUGGGUUGUCUUGUGGUUUCUUAAUGCUUUUGUUCACGCAAUUCCUCGGCUCAUGGGCAUUAACUGGUUUUGCUGGACCCAAAAAUGCUCAUAUUGUACCUGUAGCUAGCAAAUAUGUUCAGAUUCGAGGUCUAUCAUGGCCUGCGGUUCUUUAUGGAUUGGUUGCUCAAAGUGCAAGUCUGGGCAUGAAAGACUCUGUGGGACCUUUAAAGGCUUUAGUGGUUGCUAGUGCUGUAAAUGGCAUUGGUCAUGUAGUUCUCUGCAGCUUGUUGGGUUAUGGUAUUACUGGGGCAGCAUGGGCGACAAUGGCCUCCCAACUUGUUGCAGCUUAUAUGAUGAUAGAAGCAUUGAACAAGAAAGGAUAUAAUGCUUUUGCAGUCUCCAUUCCAUCACCCCAAGAAUUUCUGCAAAUAUUAGCCAUUGCUGCUCCAGUGUUCAUAACAAUGUUCUCAAAGGUGGCAUUCUAUGCUCUCAUGACUUAUUAUGCUACUGCUAUGGGCACAUUCACAGUUGCUGCUCAUCAGACGUUACCGGUAGCCGCCAAAGAAACAGUACUCCAUUUUCGCUCCUCUUUUCCUGCAAACAUUCUUCAAUUCCUCCUCAAAACCAUGAAGAUGUAUAUCAAAACCCUAACACGCCCUCCUCUUUCUCCAUUUCAGAACCCUAAUUUCAAGUUUUCUCAAUCUCCCAUUCCCUCUACCUACAGAUUACCUUUCUCUUCACCAACCCCUCGACUUCGCAGAUUCAAUUUGGCUUCGAGUUCGUGCAAUUUCAUAUCAGGAAAUCACUGGAACAGGUUGGUGAGUAAUUGUAUUCACCCAGGUCAAGAAAUCGUCGUAGAUGACGGUGAUGCUUCGGUGACAUCGUCCGGAGAAGAGGAGAAUGAGGUGGAGGAGGAGGUAGUUGUGGAGGUUAAGCGAGAGGGACUUGCAAACCUGAGUAUAUGGAAUCAAGUGAAAGAGAUUAUGAUGUUCACUGGACCUGCUGCAGGGCUUUGGAUUUGCGGGCCACUGAUGAGUCUCAUUGAUACUGCGGUUAUUGGUCAGGGAAGCUCAGUUGAGCUUGCUGCUUUAGGUCCUGCAACGGUUGUUUGCGAUUAUAUGAGUUAUAUUUUCAUGUUCCUUUCCAUUGCUACUUCAAACAUGGUUGCCACUUCUCUAGCUCGACGGGAUAAAAAUGACGUGCAGCAUCAAAUAUCGAUCUUGCUUUUUAUUGGGUUGACUUGUGGCUUCUUGAUGCUUUUAUUUACAAGAUUCUUUGGUGCAUGGGCAUUAACUGCUUUCACUGGGUCAAAAAAUGUACAUAUUGUACCUGCAGCAAACUCAUAUGUUCAGAUUCGAGGCUUAGCAUGGCCAGCAAUUCUUGUUGGAUGGAUUGCUCAAAGUGCCAGCCUUGGAAUGAGAGAUUCGUGGGGACCAUUGAAAGCUUUGCUUGCCUCCAGUGUCAUAAAUGGUGUGGGUGACAUAGUCCUCUGCAGCUUUUUAGGCUAUGGUAUUGCAGGUGCAGCAUGGGCAACUAUGAUUUCACAGGUUGUUGCAGCUUAUAUGAUGAUUCAAGCACUGAAUGAGAAAGGUUAUAAUGCAUUUGCUAUCUCUGUUCCAUCACUCAAUGAACUUCUUACAGUACUUGCGCUUGCUGCUCCAGUGUUUGUAACAAUGAUGUCAAAGGUUGUUUUCUACUCUCUCCUUGUAUAUUUUGCUACAUCUAUGGGUACACACACUGUUGCUGCUCAUCAGGUCAUGAUUCAAACAUUUGCAAUGUGCAAUGUCUGGAGUGAGCCUCUUUCUCAAACUGCACAAUCAUUUAUGCCUGAGUUGUUAUAUGGAGUUAACCGUAGUUUGCCAAAGGCUAGAAUGCUGCUGAAGUCCCUUAUCAUCAUUGGUUCUACACUUGGACUGCUGUUAGCAAGUAUAGGAACAUUAGUUCCUAUCUCGUUUCCCAAUAUUUUUACACAUGAUCAGAGUGUUAUACAGGAGAUGCGCAAGGUGCUAAUACCAUACUUUCUUGCAUUAUCUGUGAAUUCAAGCACUCACAGCCUUGAAGGGACGUUGCUGGCUGGACGGGAUCUCAAAUUCAUGAGUUUGUCAAUGAGCGGAUGCCUUGCUCUGGGUGCUCUUGUAUUACUGCUUGUAAGCAAUACAGGUUAUGGUUUGCCCGGCUGCUGGUAUGCACUGAUGGGAUUUCAAUGGAGCCGAUUCUUUGUUGCCCUUGGACGCCUUCUUUCCCCCAAUGGUAUACUCUACUCUGAAGAUUUGAGCCGGUACAAAGUCGGAAAGUUGAAAUCUGCUUAAUUUCACAACUCCUGUCAAUCUAUCAUGUCAGAAACAGUUAGGACACAAGGUUCAAAUGUGAUAUUUCUUAGAUAGGAAUUUAGAUCAGGAUACCAUCAUUCUUUCAGAACCCUAUAGGAGCACAGAAGAAACAUUCUGCCUUUAACAUUUUUUAUUUUUCUCAUCACUGUACAAGAUACUUGGAAGUUCAAUUGCUAGAAGUAGAAACCAUGUUUUGCUCUUUAUAUAGGGAAAAAAAUUUCUGCAAAACAUGUAGCAAUUUCCCUUUUUUAUUUUUAUUGUUAGCGUAUUGCCAUGGCAAUCGAAGAAUAGUUGCUGUGUCCUAAAGAUAUUUGUGAGAUGGUAUCCUUAAUAGAUAAAAAAAAGAGUU